AUGCCCCCUCUUUCAACAAAAGUACCUGCUAGUCUUACCUUGGAUGUCACAGGCAGAGUCAGGGAACAGAAGUUUGAUUCCCAAUGUUUUGACUGCCUUGACCCGAUCCCGUUUGAAACUUACUCCUCUACCUGGAAAACCCCACUAGGGCAGUGUGCGCACAUGGGUGCUUCUAAUCAGUGGCUGGUGAUCAUGACUGGAAACGAAGAAGCACGAAUACUUCAUGGGAUCCAUGUGUCUAAGACCUCUAGAUCCUCCGUCGAAAUCUCUUUUCUAGACCCAGUGAGUCAAGUUAGGCUCUAG